UUUGUUAGUUAUCGGUAUCGCAGAAGAAGGAUAAACAUCGGGAGUUUAAGAAUAGUGGAAUGGGCGGCUCUAUCAAAGCGGUUGCCGUCAUCUCCGGCGGAGACAGCGUUAAAGGUUUCAUUCAAUUCAUCCAAGACCCUGCUGCUGCUGCUGCUGCUGCUGGAGGAGUCCAUGUGAAAGGAAGAAUUAGUGGUCUGAAUCCGGGACUCCAUGGCUUUCAUAUUCAUGCCCUUGGUGACACCACUAAUGGCUGCAAUUCCACUGGACCUCAUUUCAAUCCAUUAAACAAGGUCCAUGGAUCUCCUUUAGAUGCCGAGCGUCACGCUGGUGAUUUGGGAAACAUUAUGGCUGGCUCAGAUGGGGUUGCUCACAUUAAUAUUGCAGAUACACAGAUUCCACUAAGUGGUCAGCAUUCGAUUUUAGGAAGAGCUGUUGUUGUGCAUGCUGAUGCUGAUGACCUCGGAAAAGGUGGACAUGAACUCAGCAAGACAACAGGCAAUGCGGGUGCAAGAGUUGGAUGUGGAAUCAUUGGGCUUCAGUCAUCGGUUUAGAAGGGCAUCUGAGUUUCUACUGCAAUGCAACACCUAAUAAUACAAGCUACUGCUGAAAGUCUUUACUUUUCUAUGUUUUAUUACCGGGACUUGUUGAUAAGAAUUCAAUAGUUUGUGAUAUAUAUAUAUAUAUAUAUAUAUAUAUAUAUAUAUAUAUGUAUGUAUUCAAUGAUGCUACAUUAUUGCAUUACCACAAGUGAUUUGAGGUGUGAAUGAUGACAUUAAA